AUGGGAGGUUCCACCUCCUCCCUGGUUGACCAGGCCGAGGGUGACGAUGCGGCGCCCCGGGGUGCCGCUCUGCCCCCGUCCCCCGUCAUGGGAUGUCUGAGGAGCAGCCAGAGCGCCUCCCUCCCCCGACAGCUCCCCCGACCCGGCCGGCACCGAGAGCGCAGUUUCUCCUCGGGGUCGAUGCCCGUGCAGAGGAGCCAGUGGGCUUGUGGCUGCUGCACAUUCCUCAACGCCGCCGGCGCCCCCAACUGCUCCGUCUGCGAAGCCCCCCGGCGGAGACCGGACGCCCGUUGGUCGUGGCAGGGGCCCGGCGAGGAGGCCGGCCGCUGGUCCUGCCCGCGCUGCACGCUGUCCAACCCCGCCGGCCGGCCGGCCUGCUCGCUGUGCGGCUCCCAGGACCGACCCAGGGGGGGCCCGUCCGGGGACCGGCCCCGACCUCGGCGCUCCAGCAGCUGCUCCGGACCCCUGAGGCCGGAGGACGGCGUUAUCAAGAGCCUGGUUUGGGAGUGUUUCAGGUGCACUUUGCAGAACACGCAGACCUCCAUGUGCUGCUCCGCGUGUGGCGGGCCGCGCAAACUGUCGCUGCCCCUGAUCCCCGCUGCCGCCUUGCUCGCGCCGCGGGAGCAAACCGGAGAUGGGCGGCCGGAGCCUGCGCUCUCCACACCCUGCGGCCGCAGAGAGAUGCCCCCCCCAGAGGGCGGCCUCGCUCCAACUCCUCACGCCAGCCCUUCCCCGCCCACGCUCGCCGUCUCCCAACCAGAGCUGCCGCACGGCAGACGACUCAGCAUCCUGAAGGAGACGUCGCCGCUGUCGCCUGUACCGGACGCCCACGCGCCUCACGGACACGCCGCCCCGCUGCAGCCGGCGCUGCAGCCGGCGCUGCAGCCGGCGCUGCAGCCGGCGCUGCAGCCGGCGCCGGCCCCGAAGAGGAAGCAGAGCACGCCGGUGGAGGCGCUGCGACAGAGCGACGAAGGAGAGGCCAAGCAGCUGUGGGAGAACAUCGUCAGCUUCUGCAGGGAGAACGCCGUGACGUUCGUGGACGACAGCUUCCCUCCCGGUCCGCGGUCCGUGGGCUUCCCGGCGGACGACGGCGUGCAGCAUCGCGUCAUCAGGUGGCUCCGCCCACAGGAGAUCAGCUGCUGCUCCUCCAGAGAGCGCGCUGUCACGUGGUCCGUCUUCCGCACGCUGCGCCCGUCCGACAUCCUGCAAGGACUUCUGGGUAACUGCUGGUUCCUGAGUGCCUUGGCGGUUCUGGCCGAGCGGCCCGACCUGGUGGAGAAGGUGAUGGUGACGCGCUCGCUGUGUGCGGAAGGAGCCUAUCAGGUCCGUCUGUGCAAAGACGGCUCAUGGACCACGGUGCUGGUGGACGACAUGCUGCCGUGUGACGACAGCGGGCACCUCCUCUUCUCCCAGGCCCAGCGGAAGCAGCUCUGGGUGGCUCUGAUUGAAAAGGCGCUGGCCAAGCUCCACGGCUCCUACUUUGCUUUGCAGGCCGGUCGUGCCAUCGAGGGCCUCUCCACGCUGACAGGGGCCCCCUGCGAGUCACUGGCCCUCCAGAUCAGCGCCACCAACCCCAAGGAGGAUCCCAUCGACACGGACCUCAUCUGGGCCAAGAUGCUGAGCUCCAAGGAAGCAGGCUUCCUGAUGGGGGCGUCUUGUGGCGGCGGGAACAUGAAGGUGGAUGACGCGGAGUACGAGUCCCUGGGUUUACGUGCACGACACGCGUACUCCGUCCUCGAUGUGAGGGACGUGGACGGUCACAGGCUGCUGCAGCUCAGGAACCCGUGGGGUCGCUUCUCCUGGACCGGCCCCUGGGCGGACGACUGGCCCAACUGGCCUCCCCACCUGCAGAGGGAGCUGUGCGCCCGGCGAGCCGAGGAUGGCCUAUUCUGGAUGGACUUCUGGGACUUCAUCAGGUACUUUGACUCAGUGGAUAUCUGUAAGAUUCACUCAGACUGGCAGGAGGUCCGAGCUCCGGGUGUUUUCCCGCGAGGAGCCGGCGUCCCGGUGAGGGUGGCGUCCAUCACGGUGCUGGAGAGAACGGCCAUGGAGCUGGCUUUGUUCCAGGAAGGCAGCCGGCGGUGGGACGCGGCGCAGCGCCACCUGCUGGACCUGUGCGUGUUGCUGUUCCGGGUCUCCUUUGACAGCUCUGGCACGCCGGCGCUCGGCCGCCUGCUGGCCCACAGCCGGCGCUCCGUGAGGAGGUUCGUGGGCUGCGACGUCAUCCUGGAGCCGGGAGAGUACGCUGUGCUGUGCUGCGCCUUCAACCACUGGACCAGCACCGCCACGCAGGGCACCACCGGCGCCGGCCGGUCGGAGGAGCCCGGCUUCCUGCUGGCGGUCUACAGCUCCAGACCGGUGGUGGUGGAGCAGCUCCCGGCCUCCAGCACCACCAUCGCCGACGCCGUCAUCCAGCUGACGGAGACCAAAGGAGAGAGACACGAGGGCAGGGAGGGGAUGACCUGCUACUACCUGACCCACGGCUGGGCGGGGCUUAUCGUCAUGGUGGAGAACAGGCAUCCGCGGCACCACCUGCACGUGUCAUGUGACUGCAGCGACAGCUUCAACGUGGUGUCGACACGCCGCAGCCUGAAGACCGUGGACAGCAUCCCUCCUCUGCACAGACAGGUGCUGGUGGUUCUGUCCCAGCUGGAGGGGAACGCCGGCUUCUCCAUCACUCACCGGCUGGCUCACCGGAAGGCCGUCCAGGCUUCUCUGGGGAACUGGAGUCCCUCCAAGGCCAGACACAGUCCGGCCCUGAGCCCGGAGACGGCAGGUCUGCAUCAGCCUCGACCCCUCUGACCUCUGACCUCUGACCCCUGACCCCAGACGUGAGGCUUCGUGGUGGAAGACGUGCUCGCUUCCUCGAGUUCAUAAAGACGUUCCUUCACACGGACGUUCCUUCACACAGACGUUCCUUCACACGGA